UGUAUUGCACUCGUUACAGAAGGAGGGUUCAUGUGCACAGAAUGACGUCGCACUGCAAGUCUGUCUGACUCCUUCGCUGUUUUUAUCAGUCAUUCUAUCGAAUGGCUAGAAAAUCAUAAAUCUGCGGAAUUAUGGUCCGAAUGUGAGAAUACCUGAUGCGUCCGAUCUAUAUGUCGCUCUCGAUCGGUGUGUCCAAACAGCGUCUUGAUGUCGAGGAUUACGAGUGAUAUAGGCUACGCAGCUCAGCAGAGUUCUAGCCUACUGUUCUGUGCGUUGAGCUGUCAGAACUGAAACUACAUGUAUGGAAAGAGAAAAUGCAGAAAAGCUGAAGUGGGGGAUAUUGUAAAGAAGAAGAUAUAAGGUACAGGCUUGGUUUCGUGUCUUUAUUCUCUCUUCUGGAUUAUUGCCGCCCAGCAACACAGCCACUUGACAAAUCUGAAUGUCGUAAUUAAGGUAAAUCAAUGACCCAGCGAUGGAGACCAAAAAAUACCCACGUUUCUUCGAAGGAUCCACGGACACAGAGAAGAACAGAUGGUCCCAUGUCCCCAGCAGUGCCAUGGACUACUGCUGCAGCGGAGCCGAGAAGGCCGACAGCCUGAACCUGAACAGCAACAGUGAUGUCCUGAUGGACAUAGUCAAUGUCAGCUGCUCCCCCAGCAGCAACACAGCCGACAGCAAGGAGAGUAACAAUAACAACGAAGAGAAGAAGAAGCCAGAGCAGCAGCCUACUCUCAAACUGACCCCGAACCAACACCAGCCUUUUGUUCUCCCCCUCUUUAACAGUUCCCUCCAUGGGAGGAAGCCAGAGAUGAUGGACUCCAAGGAGUUGUCCAAAACUGUGGCUGAGUCCAUGGGCUUGUAUAUGAACGCGGCCAGGGAGGCCACAGACUUUGGCGGCUUCGGCCAACAGGGGGGUCAUUGUAGUCCGGGGAAGAUGUACCCAGCGGGAGUUUGCGGGCGCCCCUGUCUCGAGGACAGCCAGUGUGCUGCAUCCACGGGGAGCCCCAAGUUGAUGUCUCCUUCUACGGGGUUCCUGAAGCAGCCUAGCUCCACCCCAGGGGAUUGCUGCUCAUCUGGAACCCCAUCAGGGUCAGCAGUCUUGGGCUUGUCUCUGUCCUGCAGCCCCCAGGCGCCCAGCUCCAUCUCCAGCCCCGGGGGCAGCAACAACCUAGUUUCGUCCACCACCAGCCCCACCUGCUUUGGGGGGCCGUUCGCCUGUACGAGCAUCAGUAACCCCGUCAACCAGCAUAAUGCUGCCGGGCCAGCUCUGGCCCACAACCACGUCCACAGAAGGAACUCGUCCACCUGCAGCCCGGCAGGCUCCAGCACGGUGGGGUCGCCUCCACUCACCAGUCCCCUCAACGUGAUGCGCUCACCCAUCUCCAGCCCACAAAGCAUGAGCAGCGUGCGCUCCCCACCGUCAUGCAGCACCUCUACCAACAUGAGGUCAUCGUCUGUCUCCAGCCCCACUGGCAGCACCAACAACAUGAGGGCUUCAUCGUCUAUCUCCAGUCCGACCACCGGGGGCCCCAUGGCAAUGUCCUCAAGCCCCAGGAACCCCUCUGGCUGUGGGGGUGGGUUUGCUGUGUCCAGCCCUGCUAGUGAACUGGGCCUGGUCCAGAAUGACUCCAACAGUCCCGAGGGACGAAGAGACCAGCAGGACUUCAAGGAGUUUGAGUUCCCCAAGGUGGAGAGCGUGGACGGGGAGAUGUUCAACGUAGGCCUGGACCACAUGGGUAUGGUAAAGUUCAUCAAGAAUGAACCCGACACGGACUAUAGGAGCAUGUGUCUGGGUAAUGGUAGCAACACAAAGUGUAACCAGGCCACCGGCUGCCCCGGCAAUGGCUCACCUUUCAUCACACAGAUAAAAAGUGAGCCAAACAAAGAUGGCGGCGGAUGCAUGAAUCCUCAGUGCUACACUGAGCAGCAGCAGCAACACUCUAUGGGUCUCUUCCAGUCAGGUCCGUCCGAGAUUACCUACUUGUCUCUGAGGGACAACAUUGACGAAUACAGUCUCUCUGGGAUCUUGGGACCUCCGGGCACGGAGAUGAAUGGCAGUUACGAAGCCGGCGUGUUCCCCCACAACCUCCUGUCUAAAGUUAAACAAGAGAACAACGAUGGCAGCUACUACCAAGAGAACAACAACAACGUUGUGCCCACCUCGGCCAUUGUGGGUGUUAAUUCAGGCGGACACUCGUUUCACUACCAGAUCGGAGCGCAGGGGACAAUGUCUUUCUCACGGCAUGACCCAAGGGAUCACGGGACGAACCCCUUGUUGAAUCUAAUUUCGCCUGUUACCGCGUUAAUGGAGUCGUGGAAAUCUCGGCCUGGCAUGUCGCAGGGUCCAAGAGGAGAGGGCUAUCCAGGUCACGGCUGCAUGCCAGACAGCAUGUCAAGCGCGUCGCUGAGACACCCGUCGUCCACAGCCAAAGUGUGUCUGGUUUGCGGGGACGAGGCGUCGGGAUGUCACUACGGGGUUGUUACAUGCGGCAGCUGCAAGGUCUUCUUCAAGAGAGCCGUAGAAGGUAGGAAAAGCCAGCACAACUACCUGUGUGCCGGAAGAAAUGACUGUAUCAUCGAUAAGAUCCGGAGGAAAAACUGUCCGGCCUGUCGAGUACGGAAGUGUCUCCAAGCCGGGAUGAAUCUCGGAGCGCGGAAGUCGAAGAAGCUAGGCAAGCUGAAGGGUGUGAACGAAGACUCGACCCCCACCAAGGAGGGGGGGCAGACGUGCCCUGGAUCCGGAGGGGGGUACUUGUCCUCGGGAGAGAAGGAGCUGAGCACCAGCCCCACUAACGCCCUGGUGCCCCACGGCCCUGGAGGUGGGCUGGUGACCCCCUACCUGCCCCCCUCCAUCUGCAGCGUGUUGGAGCUGAUUGAGCCAGAGGUGGUGUUUGCGGGCUACGACAACACCCAGCCUGACACCACCGACCACCUGCUGUCCAGCCUCAACCAGCUGGCUGGGAAACAGAUGAUCCGCGUGGUCAAGUGGGCCAAAGUACUUCCAGGUUUCCGGGGCCUGCCCAUAGAGGACCAAAUCACCCUGAUCCAGUACUCUUGGAUGUGUCUGUCCUCCUUCAGUCUCAGCUGGAGGUCCUACAAACACACCAACGGACAGAUGCUCUACUUCGCCCCCGACCUCGUCUUCAACGAGGACCGCAUGCAGCAGUCAGCCAUGUACGACCUGUGUCUGGGCAUGAGGCAGGUGAGCCAGGAGUUUGUCAGGCUGCAGCUCACCUACCAAGAGUUCCUCUCCAUGAAAGUGUUGCUGCUGCUCAGCACAGUUCCCAAAGAGGGUCUAAAGAACCAGGCAGCGUUUGAGGAGAUGAGAGUGAACUACAUCAAGGAGCUGAGGAGGUCUGUGGGCAAGGCCACCAACAACUCUGGACAGACGUGGCAACGCUUCUUCCAGCUCACCAAGCUACUGGACGCCAUGCAUGAUCUGGUGGGGAACCUGCUAGACUUCUGUUUCUACACGUUCCGUGAGUCUCAGGCUCUGAAGGUGGAGUUUCCAGAGAUGCUGGUGGAGAUAAUCAGUGACCAGAUACCAAAGGUGGAGUCGGGCAACACACACACCCUCUACUUCCACAAGAAGUGACUGUACUGAGUCCUUGGGAGGAAGAGAGGAGAGAGAAUGAAAUAAUGAGGGGGAGGAGUGGGAGAGGAGGAAGGCUAAAGAAGGACCCUAGCCUCAGGAGUGGCCUAACUACUAUGCCAGCCAGUCGAUCUGCUGCCCCCUCUCCUUUCUCAAAUGGGACAGGAAGUGACACGUGAGGGACAGGAAGAGAGGUGGAGGAAGUUGAGUCCCCCACACUGCAGUCUCCGUCCGCCGGUUAGAGGUGACGCUGAGUGAGUGACAUCUCAGAGCCAAGGAAAACGCACUGACGAGGACUUUUAAAAAUGUGACAAAGCAGCAUCCCGACCCUUAGCGUGCGCACCCCCCAAAGACGAUGAUGUUUUUCUAUGGAUACGAAGCCAUACAUUUUUUUGGUUGCGCUACAAUCCAUACAUUCACACAGACCCACGUGUACAGUAAUGCAGCACGCACACAGUAACACACAGACCAUCUUACCAUCCUGAAAAAUGUCAGAUAACUGUGCUUUUGCAUUGAUUCAUGGAUACUACUACUCUGACAAUAUGGAAAACAAUGCUUAGAUGUUGCUAUGCAGUGUAUUGUCAUUAGGUUACAUGGCAACAUAUACUUUUUUCAUGACAAAGACUAAAUGUAGGGUUUCUGUGAGAGGAUCAAGGUCUAUUUGAACAUACUCCAAGGGCUAUACAAGCUUAACAAUAAACUGAAUAGUUGCAUAAAAAGCUAACCAAUUCCACUUUUGUUCUGCAGUGGUGUGCAUUACAACACCCAAAUGCCCACAUAACUUAAAUUGUUUUAACGUUGUAUAACGAUCAAAAACGUAAACUCUUAUUAAUAUGCAAAAACUUCAAAAUUAAGAAUUUUCAAAGUACGGUGUUUUGUGUGAUCAAGUGUGAAAAAAGUUGAGUAACAGUUAAAAGUGAAUCUGCCAUGUCAUACGUGAAGGCUUUCUGAUAUGUAGAUGAUUAACUACGCAACAUUUGUCAGUAGAUUAAUUCCAUCCAAAAUAGGUGCAGGAGUAUGGAAACACAUGAUGGAUUCACAAUGACGACUUUUCCCUCACAUCUUAAUGCGGUUGACGGCGGUACACCCAGUUAGUUAUCCAGGGGUUCUCAACUUUUUGGGGCUGUGACACCUUUUUCAUAGCAAAUCAGAAACCCAUUCAUAAUCAGAACACAACUAAUGACUAAAAAUGGCAUAAAAUGAUUUUUACUAGGACUUUGGCAGUGCAUGGCUGGACGAACCAAGUCUUGGGCCCUGGGAAAAAGGCCCUUGGCAUCGGAGAGAAAACGUUGCCAUUUUCAAAGGUAAAUUCCUGCAAUUCUACACAUUUUGUCAUGGGGUCGAUUUCUCGUUGUUGUAGCUUUAAAGCUAAUAUCCCAAAAUUCUACACAUUUUGCCAUGAGGCAGAGAUAAAACUUAGCUGUUUAAAUGUUGAAUUACAGUGCAUAUAAAAACAUUUUGGGGGAAUAAUUAAUUUGGAAUAUUGAUAAUUUUGAUUGAGUACUGUGGAUACCAAUAUCCCUGUGAGCCUCCCAGGCCGAUGUUCCCCAGGGUUAAGAACAUCAAUUGUACAGUAGAUUAAUAAUAUGUAUUACACCCUUUAUAUAGUAUUAUUCCACAGAUCCCUUGGCCCAGAUUUGUUUAGUCUGUUAGUAAUAAUAAAAGUACAAAAAUAAAUGAUACAUUUUUGAGAUGUGGAGCCCACUGAGAACCCCUGAGUUAUACAGCAUAGUGAAAACAUCAGAGCACCCAUUUCUUGGUCUAUUUCUACGUACUUACAGUGCAUCCAAACCAGCACCCUUUGUGAAGUCAACCGACACUUAUCUACCGUUUCCAGAAAUAGUAAUGAAGCAUUUUGUAAGAGUGUUGUUGCAAAGGUUUUCGGUUUCAUAAACCAGACAAUUCACACCUAAGGUGCUUCUUUUUGUAAACGCAAAGAUGACGAAAUAACACUUUUCUGGUAACUAACAUUAUCAACAUUAGAUACAGGGUUGGAUAGGUUACUUUCUAAAUGUAAUCUGUUACUAGCUACCUGUCUAAAAUGUUCAUCAGUAACGUAUUUUCGUAUUACCCAAACUCAGUAAUGCAAUCUGAUUACUUCCAGGUACUUUUGGAUUACUUUGCCCUUAAGAGACAGAAGAUGACAAAAAUAAUCCAUCAAACGCAUUGUGUGUGUCAGUGGUCUCAGACUUGUGAUCAGACCCGCUCAGGUGGAACAAACUUAAACUUGCGCCUUUCUCAUUAAGAAAACAGAAAGGUGUCGUAAUGGAUUUUUCACAAACAUACAUUCUGAAUUUAAAAGUAAUCUAGGUUUUUAAAAGUAGGCAUCCGUAAUCGGAUAAUAUUUGUGCUGGUAAAGUAACUGAUUACAGUUGCAUUUUUUUGUAAUCAGAUUACAUGUAACUCCCCAACCCUGAUUAGAUACAAUAACCUUCAAACAUACUGUAUGGCGUUGAUAUUGGAACUGGACGUUGGAAAAUGCCAUUACUCUACAGUCAGUGCUUUAAGUAAAUGCAUAAUGUAUUCAAAUUUACCUGGCAAGAGGCAAAUACAUACAGUAAAUGCAAUGGCACUUGCUUAGGUUACAGUCACAUUUCCCCCACUGUUGUACAGAAACUGUUUUGGAAGUACAUGUUGAUACUGCUGAUAAAUGAUUGACUCAUUGCAUUGACCACCUGUCCUGAUUUUGUGUUGUCCAUCUUGUCUUUGGGCCAACUCUAGAUGUAUGGCCAGUCAUCUGGACCAUUCUUACCAGACCUGGGUUCAAACUUGAUUUGAAACCUUUCAAACUACUUAGAGCGUUUGCUUUAGUCUGCCAGGACUGUCAGGUGGGUGGGGUUUGCAUUUCAAUUGGUUCCAUUGCAAAAGUCAAGCUCAAUUAAGUACAUUAAAGAAUUUGAAACAAUUUCAAAUAGUACUUGAACCCAGGUCUGAUUCUUACUUGUUUCACACCAGAUUGACUGACUGCUUAAUCAUUGUGGAACACUAUGAUGCUACUGAAUAGCGUGAGAGAGAGUCUUUCGAGAGGAAAAACAGAGGGGGCGUUUGGUUCCAUCGUUUCACCUCAUUUGUGAGGGUGUGUGGUUGUUGUUUUUUUCCCCUGGCAAGCACGAGCAAAGUUGAUCUGCUUUUUUCGAGGGCAUUGUUAGUUUUCCUACGUUCUAUAGGAUUAUGCGGAAUAUCCUAAUUGCCUGAAUUAGAUUUGUACAGAAGAGAUGUGACAAUUGAGGCAUUAACCCAGCUAGAACGUUGUGUGUCUGGUUGAUAACUAAAUGUGAAUAUAUACGGAGAGACCCUGCAUGAAUAAGGCCUAUAGUUUAAAGGGAUAGUUCACUUCAAAAAUGUGAACUCCCCUUUAAGGUGCUGUUGGUGUUUCACUAUAGGUUCUACUUUGUAGGAAGCUGUCCAGAGUUGGACGUAUAGAACAGACAAUAGCAGGAGGAUCACGAUUAAAGAAAGCCAGUCCCUAUGCUUAAACGGUCUCAUUUUGCAGACUGUCCAUCCAUAUCCCUUUUGUACAUUGCUGUGUUGAAGUUGUGAACUGAAGGACCCUAAAGACACGCUGUAAAGAACUGCUAUUCUUUUUCUUCUCGUUUUACUCCUUUACCCUCUCCUUUUUAUUUUUCAAAAAGUGUCAAAAAAGGUUCAUAGGACGGAUGGGAAAAGUAUUUUUGAAAGAAUUAUAUUUUGCUGGAAACAAUAUUUAAGUACUUUGUCUAAAAACAGAACUUUUUUUGUAAAGUGAAAUGUUUAUGCAUGCUUUUUUUGAUGAGAUGUUUACAUUGUAUUUAAGAAGGGAAAAUUGUGCCUUUUUAUCUCACCUGAUUUAACAUUUUACAGUAUAUAUUGUAAAUAAUACAGAGUCAUUAUGUUUGAGUAGUGUAAAAAACAUUUCUACUUUAAAAGGAAUAAUCCGGUCCGAAACUAUUUUGGUAUUGGUUUCAUUAGUCCACUGUUAAUCGUUUAAAAGAAUAAAAAAAAAGUUUACUUCAUUAGUCAAAUUGUCAAAUUGUCAAGAUGUAGAAUUUGAACCGUCUUUCAACUCGGAAUUCCAAGUUGGAAACUCUGGCAUAUUUCUAGAGCUCUGACUUUCUAACCCUGAAGAUCACCAACAUGAUUUUAUCCCGUUUUUUUUUGUCUUGAAAGCACCAAAGUUACUUUGCUUAUUGAAAAAACGUAUAUCUUGAAACUUUGACUGCUGACAUGCAAAACAUUGAGACUGUAUCAACAGGGGACUAAUGAAACAAAUUUAAAAAAAAAAUCGGUAGUUUGAGUGGAUUUUUCCUUUAAUUUACAUAUUGUUGGAAUAUCUGCAGUUCAUGCGGCUCCCACUUUAUGUUGUCGUUUUGGGUCAUAGAAAGAAAUGGCACAAGGUUCACACAAAAAAGCUAGCCUGCUCCCAAAUCUGUUUGUGCAGUAUUGUCAACUCUUGCCAGCCAUUGUGAUGCCAAACAUGAUAAUGAUUGGCAGGAGUUGGCAAGACAGUACAAACAGAUCUGGGACCAGGCUACAAAAAGCCAACGGGUUAGAGUGAGUUAUGAAAGUACCAAACAUUGUGACAGACACUUACCUACCUGAAUGUUAGAGAAAGAACAGAAAUGUAUGUCGUCUUUUUCUUCUUCCUUUACAAAUAAUGUUAACUGUUUAUCUGAUUUGUUUUGUACUUUUAUUUUGCAUUUUAUGUCAAUGUGACUAAAAAAAAUAGGCAAACAUAUGUAAUUUCUUUGUUAGAGAGAGUAGACAGUACCAAACUAUGGAUCAAUGCUGUUGACAUGAUUACCAAACCCCUUGGCGAUAUGUGAUUUAAUAGCACCACACUAAAAUCAAGCAAUCAAAAAACUGAUUAAAGCUGAAAUAGAGUAGGUUGAAAAUACUCUUGCCUCUUCAGUUUGUUCAGCUAUUAAGGUUCCAACUCACAGGUUGAUGUGGUCACCACACUUGGGAUUCAUUUGACUACACUUCCAAUCUAUUUAGGAAAUAAUCUGGACAUACCAUUUGAAUUAGAGGAAAAGGCUUAUUGGGGUAUAACUAUUGGGUUGACUGAAAGUGACACCUAAAUGAAUGCGACUCCAAUACUGGUGAUAAUAUAGAACCCAAACUGUGCUACCCUGGGAUUUCUAGAAACAACCAUUUGUAUCAUUGAGAUAUGGAUGCAUCAUGACUGUUCACAGGUUUAGUUGGCUUGGUCUCAGAUUUUGCAGUGCUCCCAAUGGAAGUUCUACUGUAUAUGGCCUACUGCCUUGUUCAGAAAUAAGUUAGUGGUUAUCUGCUCAUCCUUCUACAGUACAACACUAUGCAUUUGUACAAAGGGAUUUCCAACCAUCUCAAUUACAGUAUGCAUAUAGAUCAAAUGAGGACUUUCAAUUCUGAUAGAUUCUAAACAAAAAAGCAUAUUACUCAACCUUUACAGCAUUAAAUUCUCUGUGCAAGGACAUGGAUGUUCAGUAAACUCCAAAAGUAUUGGGACAGUGACACGUGUUUUGGCUCUACUUCAGCACUUUUAGAUUUGAAAUGAUGCAAUGACUAUGAGAGGUUAAAGUGUAUCAUAAUGCUAGGAUAUGGGACCAAAUACUGAACUUUAGACUACUUUAUUACACAAGUGAAUUUGUGCUAUUACUUUUGGUCCCCUAAAAUGGGGGGGACGACGACAAUGUACAAAAAGUGCUGUACUUUCUAAACGAUUCACCCGAUGAUGAAAAUACCCUCAAAUUAAAGUUGACAGUCUACUCUUUAACCUCCAGUCAUUGUAUCAUUCCAAAUCCAAAGUGCUGCAGUACAGAGCCAAAACAACCAACAAUGUGUCACUGUCCUAAUACUUUGAGCUCACUAUGUAGCUUACCAUCGAUUUCUGUCCUACGUCACCGAUUAUUUGACAGUUAGUUGUAAUGGAGCCACAGCAUUAAACAUUUUAACAAAGAUUAACCCCGUAUAUUGACUAAGCCAUAUCCCCAAAGCCACAUCCAAGCUCAGCAUUUCCUAUUGAUAGCACCUGGUUUGUUUUUAUCCCAAAAUACAUUUUUAAUCCAAUGCUUUGUACAAUAUUUGUCAGCAACUAUCCACAGUACAUGAAUAUCCUUCAGCGUGAAUAAAAACUAGUUCCUACUACAAACUGUAUAUCUUGAAGCAGAUAUUUGCCAUUACUGUUUGCAAAACUAUCAAGAGAUUCCAAUAAAACCGUUAACAAAGUCA